AUGUCAAUCACGUCGGAUGGAUGUGCACCCUCGCCCCCGCUAACAUCGACCCAAGAAACGGGGGAUGUGCAGAAUCAAUUCGAGGAUCCGCCAUUCUCGACGUCAUUUCCUGCCUUUACGGCGUUAAAUCGGCGACGACGAGUGACUUGUAAGUUUUGUGACCUACCCAUUGGUUAUGCUGACAUUGGAAUGGUUCAUCUCGAAGCCCUGCGUUGUCAGAAGGAGUCAGGCUGCAAGAUCGCCCCAGAGGACGGUAAAUAUGUGUCUGUCUCCAUCGCUUCUCCAAUCAAUGUUAGCAUAGAUCCGCGCCAACAAACCGCCUGCGAAGCCUCCGACGCCGUGAACUCAUACUUGACCUGGAUUAUCGAGGAUGCGGAUGAAAACGCAUUUACUGCUGACAAAAUCAUCUGUGAUGGGUGUAAAAGUAGUCUGGGUGCAAGAAUCACGUCUUAUAAAAUGGUACAAGGUGAUUUGCAAACACAGGCAUGUGAUCCACCUCCUGGACGGGAGGAGCUAUGCCAGUGGUUUAGUUUCGCCCUCGACUGUGUCAAUAUUGAGCCGUUAUUUAGCUUAGUUGGAUUGAGGGAGCUCUCAUCCUGGUACCACGGUGGAGAGCGUUUCUUCCACACAUUCAAGGCUAUCGAGGAUUCAGGUGACCUUUCAAACAACUCUCGAACAUGGAUGCAUCCGCACGAAAGGAUGGGAUUGAUCGAAAAUUUGGAUAAAGAGAUAGUAAUUGAAGCGUGGCCAUUUCUUCUCAUGGAUCUGGUUGGAGCAAGUGAGCUGCCUCACGGCACUCUCAAUCAUCUGGAGAGAAAUAUGUUGGUCUACUUUGACAAUUUGGAUGCUUUCAUCAAGAGAUCCAAGGAGGACGGUGUCGAGGAUGACUCUGUGCUGACGCCGAGGGGAUGCUGCUCCGAGCUGGAGUUGAAUGAACCGAUGUCUGAGGACGGCAAAUAA